AAGCUGUUACAAAGAUAGAAGAAAAGAUGGCUUAGUAAAGGUAUGAGAUUGAUUAUGGUAGUGUUCAGAAAAAGAAAAUUUGAAUGACAUAAGGAGGUUUAGAGAAAAAUGAUUUAAUUAAACACGAUUUAUGCCUUCACGCUUGCUUUAUUUUCAUUUGUUUUAGGAGCAGGCAUGGACUUUCAGGAAACGUCCAAUAAAAAUGGCAAUGUGAUAAUAGAAUUCAUUCUCCUUGGGCUCACAGAUUGCCCAGUACUCCAGCCUCUCCUCUUUGUACUGUUCCUGAUUGUUUACCUUGUGACACUCAUAGGCAACCUGGGCAUGAUAGUGUUAAUCAGACUGGACUCUCGUCCUCACACCCCCACAUACUUCUUCCUCACUAACUUAGCCUUUGUGGGCUACACCUCAAAUGCAACCCCACAGAUGCUGACUAAUUUUUUAUCAGAGAAGAAGUCCAUUUCCUUUGCAGGUUUCUUUACACAGUGUUACCUUUUCAUUGCAGUUCUCCUCACUGAGUUUUAUAUGCUGGCAGCAAUGGCCUAUGACCACUAUGUGGCCAUAUGCAACCCUCUGCGCUACAGUGUGAAAAUGUCCUGGAAAGUCUGCACCGGUUUGGCCACAUUUCUUUAUGUCUGUGGCUUCUCAGAUGGUCUGUUCCAGGCCACCUUGACCUUCCACUUGAUCUUCUGUAAGUCCAAUGUCAUCAAGGAACAUGCCAUGCUUAUCUCAGCUGGCUUCAACCUCUCCAACUCCCUCACCAUCAUCCUGGUGUCCUAUGUCUUCAUUAUUGCUGCCAUCUUCCACAUCAAAUCAGCCGAGGGAAGGCACAAGGCAUUCUCUACCUGUGGUUCCCAUAUGAUGGCUGUCAUUCUAUUUUAUGGGACACUCUUCUGCAUGUAUGUAAGACCGCCAACAGACAAGACUGCUGAGGAAUCGAAAAUAAUAGCUGUCUUCUAUACCUUUGUAAGUCCAGUGCUUAACCCACUGAUCUAUAGUCUUUGGAACGAUGAUGCAAAGCAAGCCUUGAAGAAUGUUUUUAGAUGA